AUGCCAUCUGUGAUCAUUAGAGAAUGUGGGAAGUUGCCUUUACAAAGUAACCAGUUUACUUUAGAAAUUUUUACUUUUUAUCUGCUCAUCCUAGCAGAACCCCAGGUUAUCUGCAGAGUACCCGUUACAAGUUUAAUGAACAUUUAUCUCACUGAAAUGUGUGUGGCAGUGAUUGAACAAUGUCUUUUCAUUCUUGCAGGGGUUACCAUUCAGUUAACAGAGCUGAGGAGAGGCUUCCGAGCUGUAGUAUGGACCAACAAGAGUCUCCUCCUCAUGUACUGGAAGGUAACAGAUGAUAUUAUUUCAGUAGAUAUUGUCCUUACUGGAUUAUGUAUUGGGAAUCCUCUGGCGAGUCUGAGUAGAGGAAUGGCUAUGGUUUUGAACAUAGAGUUUGGAGGGAUUGAGCAGAGACAAAAACAAGAAGAUGAAUUAGAAGGUUAUUAUAAUUAUCCAUGGCUGUUUCUAGUCCUACAUCCUCUACCUUUAGCUCUUAGUUAUGUUGCUGGUUUACCCUAUCCUGCAUCCUCUCAUGCCCUUGCUCCUAACCCAGCUCCUGAAAAAAGCGUGGGGAGGGAAAAUGAAGUAAGAUAUGAUACUAAUAAUAAUGAAGAGGAGGAGGGAGAACAAUUUGAUUUUGACAGUGGAGAUGAAAUUCCAGAAGCAGAUAGACAAGCACCAUCUGACCCUGCUGCAAGUAAUACAGUAACAAACGAAGAAGUUUCCAACACAGGAGGACAAAAUGGAACUGGAACAGAAACAAUCGUAUCAGUAGAGCCCAUUAAACUUACAAUACCAACUAAAGUGAAUCCCUAUUCUGUCAUUGACAUCACACCAUUCCAGGAAGAUCAAGCCGUGACUCCAGAACCAAAUGCUGAGGAAGAAAGCUUGGGCCUCCAUGUGCCCAGUGGGUAUUCUGUUCCUGUGCCUUGUGGCUAUGCAGUACCUUCAAACCUGCCUUUGAUAUUGCCAGCCUACUCCAGUCCAGUUAUUAUUCGCACUGUUUCUGUGGAUGAAGAAGCAGAAACACAGGAAGUAGCAGAAGAUAGCCAAUUUAAUUCUUUAAGUUCUGAGGAUCCACCAAACAGUGAAGAUCAAGUCAAUAAAGAAGACAGUGCCUUGGCCCGAUGGGUUGCAGAUCCUGCCAAUACAGCAUGGAUGGAGAAUCCAGAAGAGGCAAUUUAUGAUGAUGUUCCAAGAGAAAAUUCAGACUCGGAACCAGAUGAAAUGAUUUAUGAUGAUGUUGAAAAUGGGGAUGAAGGUGGAAACAGCUCUUUGGAAUAUGGCUGGAGCUCAAGUGAAUUUGAAAGUUAUGAAGAGCAAAGUGACUCAGAGUGCAAAAAUGGAGUUCCUAGGUCCUUCCUGCGUAGCAACCACAAAAGACAACUUUCUCAUGACCUAACCCGUUUAAAGGAGCACUAUGAGAAAAAGAUGAAAGAUUUGAUGGCAAACACUGUGGGAGCAGUAGAGAUUCAGCAACUAAAGCAAAAACAUGAACUGAAGAUGCAAAAACUUAUGAAGGCUGCAAAGGAAGGAACCAAAGAUGGACUUGAAAAAACGAAAGCUGCUGUGAAGAGAGGCCGUUCAUUCAUUAGAACCAAGUCUUUUAUUUCUCAAGAUCACAGAUCUUGUCUUGAAGAAGAGCAAAAUUUAUUUAUUGAUGUUGACUGCAAGCACCCAGAAGCCAUCAUGACGCCAAUGCCUGAAGGCUUAUCUCAGCAGCAGGUUGUAAGAAGAUAUAUUCUGGGUUCAGUUGUUGACAGUGAGAAGAACUACGUAGAUGCUCUUAAGAGGGUUUUGGAGCUGUAUGAGAAACCACUGUCUGAGAUGGAGCCAAAGAUUCUGAGUGAAAGGAAACUAAAGAUGGUGUUCUAUCGAAUUAAAGAAAUCUUGCAGUGCCAUUCCAUGUUUCAGAUAGCCCUGGCCAGUCGAGUAUCUGAGUGGGAUUCUGUUGAGAUGAUUGGUGAUGUCUUCGUUGCUUCGUUUUCUAAAUCUAUGGUACUGGAUGCUUAUAGUGAAUAUGUGAAUAAUUUUAGCACAGCUGUGGCAAUCUUAAAGAAAACAUGUGCUACAAAGCCUGCUUUUCUUGAAUUUUUAAAGCAGUGCCAGGAAUCAAGUCCAGAUCGAAUUACACUCUACAGUUUGAUGAUGAAACCAAUACAGAGAUUUCCACAAUUCAUUCUUCUGCUUCAGGAUAUGUUGAAGAAUACAUCUAAGGGACAUCCUGACAGGCUUCCUCUUCAGAUGGCGCUUACAGAGCUUGAAACAUUAGCAGAGAAAUUAAAUGAAAGGAAAAGAGAUGCUGAUCAACGCUGUGAAAUUAAACAAAUAGCAAAAGCCAUAAAUGAAAGAUACCUAAACAAGCUUCUCAGCAGUGGAAAUAGAUACCUCAUUCGAUCUGAUGAUAUGAUAGAAACAGUUUACAAUGACAGAGGAGAAAUUAUUAAAACCAAAGAACGUCGGAUCUUCAUGUUAAAUGAUGUAUUAAUGUGUGCUACAGUUAGUGCACGCACCUCUCAUGAAAGUAAUGCUAUAAUAACAACCAGCCAAAGGUAUUUAUUAAAAUGGAGUGUUCCUCUUGGACAUGUAGAAGUAAUAGAAUAUGGCAAUAAUGAAGGUGCAGGAGAAAACAGCAGAUAUCCCCAAGUGCACUCACCGGAAAGCCUGGUGGUUGUUGCUAAUGCUAAGCCAAACAAAGUUUACAUGGGGCCAGGACAACUGUACCAAGAUUUACAAAACUUAUUGCAUGACUUGAAUGUAGUUGGUCAAAUCACUCAACUGAUAGGAAACCUUAAAGGAAACUAUCAGAAUUUAAACCAAUCUGUAGCCCAUGAUUGGACAUCAGGUUUACAAAGACUUAUUUUGAAGAAAGAAGAAGAAAUCAGAGCUGCUGAUUGCUGUAGAAUUCAGUUACAGCUUCCGGGAAAGCAGGACAAGUCUGGGCGACCUACUUUCUUUACAGCUGUGUUUAAUACAUUUACCCCUGCCAUCAAACAGUCUUGGAUCAACAACUUACAGAUGGCUAAACUUGCCCUUGAGGAGGAGAACCAUAUGGGUUGGUUCUGUGUAGAAGAUGAUGGGAAUCAAAUUAAAAAAGAUAAACAUCCUCUCCUUGUUCGGUACAUGCCUGUGAUGGUGGCCAAGCAGCAGGAGUUUAAGAUUGAAUGUGCUGCUUACAAUCCUGAACCUUACCUAAAUAAUGAAAAUCAAACAGAUUCAUUCUCCAUGGCUCAUGGCUUCCUAUGGAUUGGAAGUUGUACCAAUCAAAUGGGUCAAAUUGCUAUUGUCUCAUUUCAAAAUUCCAACCCCAAAGUUAUUGAAUGCUUCAAUGUGGAAUCUCGCAUCCUUUGUAUGGUCUACAUUCCAGUGGAAGAGAAGCUUAAAGAGCCAAAUGCAGCCUCUGAUUCUGAAAUUGGAGUUGUGCGAGCUUCAGAUGUUCCAACUAUUUGUUUAGGGACAGAAGAAGGAAGCAUUUCCAUUUAUAAAAGCAGUCAAGGCUCGAAGAAAGUGAGACUUCAACACUUUUUCACUCCUGAAAAAUCUACAGUCAUGAGUUUGGCCUGUACAUCUCAGAAGCUAUAUGUUGGCCUUGUCAAUGGGACUGUUGCCAUCUACACAAAAGCAGAAGAUGGAUCCUGGAAUUCUGAGCCUCAAAAAGUGAUAAAAUUAGGCGUCUUACCAGUUAGAAGUCUACUACUGAUGGAAGAUAUGUUAUGGGCGGCUUCUGGAGGACAAGUUUUUAUAAUCAGUGUCGAGACUCAUUCUAUAGAGAAUCAGCUUGAGGCCCACCAAGAAGAAGGCAUGGUGAUCUCUCACAUGGCAGUGGCUGGCGUUGGGAUUUGGAUAGCUUUUACAACUGGAUCCACACUUCGCCUGUUUCAUACAGAAACACUUAAGCAUCUCCAGGACAUCAACAUAGCCACUCCUGUUCAUCAUAUGUUGCCAGGGCAUCAACGGAUAUCUGUGACUAGUCUGCUUGUUUGCCACGGCUUGUUAAUGGUUGGCACCAAUCUGGGCAUCGUUGUAGCCCUGCCAGUUCCUCGUCUGCAGGGAAUCCCCAAAGUAACUGGAAGAGGUAUGGUGUCCUACCAUGCACACAAUGGUCCUGUUAAGUUCCUUGUAAUGGCUACAGCUUUAUCCAAAAAGACCAAAGACAAGUCCAGAGAUAGCCUGCCUCCAGGUUCUGAACUCCAGGAUGAAGACAAGAAGGACAUGCUACUGAACGAAGGAUUCAGCUCUUGCCUAAAUCAGAGCAAUGCUGAUGGUGCCAUUUGGUUGGGAGACUCAUUCGGCACAAUGACUCAAAAGAGUGAAUUGUCGUCAUCUUCUGGGUCUCUGACUUUAUCUCAUGGUUCCAGUUCUCUAGACCACAAGUCAGAGGACAGUAUCAUUUAUGACCUCUUAAAGGAUCCAUACAUCUCACUCAACAGUAAAACGAAGCGAUUCAAGAAAGCAAAAGCUAGUUCAGUGUUGGUGGUUUGUGGAGGGCAGGGCCACAGACGGGUGAAUAGGAAGGCCAGGCAACAACGGCAAGAUGAGUUGGUUUCUUCAGUUAUGGUCUGGCAGAUCCCCCUGUUAAAUAUAUAA